UGGGGAUCUUCUUCGCCGACCAAAGUACGAGACGGCGGCGCAGUCGCCCUCUGCCACUGCCGCUCCGCUAGCCGCGAGUUCCGAAACCUCGAAAUUCCGUGGCCUCCCCGCACCGCACCCCCGCUAGGUAUCGCCGGCCGCUUGUUUGGUCUGACGGCGUGAGGAAUCACUGGGAUGGUGGGAUCAGGGAUGGAGGGUGGGGGCGCGCGGGUGUCGCCUACGUCGAGCGGCCGCCGGAGGCACAAGGCGCUCGCGCCCGGGCGCUUUCAGAUAAGCCCUGGCGUUGUCUUCGAUGGGAAUCGCUCCGGCUUGGAGACGCUCCAGAUGAGCUGCGAUACGGCGGCGGGUGGCGGGCUCUCCGACUCGCUGAGCCAUGGAGGCAGCGUGGAUGGGGAAUUGGAGAGCCCCGCAAUCGACGGGGAUAACGAGGUUUCCAGAGGAGGAGGAGGAGGCGGGGUCGGAGGGGAUUGCGGCUUUGAGAGUGUAGACGGCGAUUUAGUUGCCAAAGAGGGCGACUCAGCUGCCAAAGAGGGGGAUUCGCUGCCCAAAAAUUGCAAAAUUCAUGAGGGUCUUGAUAACAACGGAGUAAUGGCAGAGCCACAUGGGGCCAACCCUGGCGACCUGCCUGGUUUAAAAUGCAAUGGCACUGCCGAGCAGCGCGAUUCCGUGGGGGAAGAUUGCAGUUUGCAGUUUCUCAUGAAUGGUGAUGGUACCAUACCGGGUUUACGGAAGGGGCGCAAGGCAGUGGCCCAAUGGAGGUUCCAGACUGGGUACAAACCCAAAUGGGCACGAGAUUUAUUAUCAGGGAAUAGAUCAGGAGAAAUUGAAGGGCCAGUGUCCAUGGUCGGAGAUGGAUCGAGCAAGAGUGCUCCUGUCAUGGCAUGCAAUCGCUCUCGUAUCAAAGGUUCAGCUACUGGUGGACAUCAUUCAAAAGUUCAGAAAGGAACUGGCUCAGCACCGAAGAAGAGGAAAGUUCAUGAGGAUGAUCACAGGACUUCCUUGGUGCGAGAAAAUAUGUUGACUAAGUUGCGGGAGUUUCGGAUAAUUUACAAGAAGCUCCUGGAGGAGGAAGAGGUCAAGUGGAGUGGAAGAGGGCAUGGUGUGAGACCUGAUAUUGCAGCUUUCAAUAUUUUCCGGGAGAAAUUCGGUGCUGAUCAUGAUGACAUGAGGUACGAUGGAAGCAUUCCAGGGGUUCGUAUUGGUGACGUGUUCAAUUCUAUCAUGGAACUUUCCAUUGUUGGCAUACACCGUGCACAAUCGUUGUCAGUUGAUCACAUCAAAAAGAAGGAUGGGACAUGUCUAGCUGUUAGUGUUGUGUCGUAUGCACAACCUUCUGCCUCUGAUAGUUUGGAUUUCCUGUUACAUGUUGGAUCAGUGGCUGCCACGUAUGAUCAGAAGUUAGGAGGCACUGACGUGGCACUCAUGGAGAGUAUGGAAACUGAUACGCCUGUCCGUGUUAUUCAUGCAUUUGUAACUGAGCUAGGUAAUGACUGUGGACCCAAACCGCUUACUACUUACGUAUAUGGUGGUUUGUACUUGGUUGAGAAAUUCCAUAGAGAAAAAACAACGGGAGAUCAGUAUGUUAAUACGUUUCAUCUAAGAAGAAUGGCAGAGCAGCAACAAAUUGACAUACAAGUUCUGAAAACUAAAAAGCCGGAAUCAUUUGAUGGCACUUUCACUGUAGACAUAUCCGGAGGUCUUGAGAAGGUCCCUAUUUCUGCUAUUAACUCUAUAUCAAAUGAGCACCUGAUGACAUUUCGCUACAUUUCGCAAAUACAGUAUCCCCUAAACUUUAGGCCAGAUCCUCCAUCAGGUUGUGAUUGUGUUGGUGGAUGUUCAGUCUCUCAAAAAUGUGCAUGCACAGUGAAAAAUGGAGGGGAGUUCCCUUACGAUGAUAUUGGUGAAAAUAUAGAAGAAAAGCCUCUUAUUUAUGAGUGUGGGCCAUCUUGCAAGUGCCCUCCUACUUGUCGCAAUAGAGUUAGCCAGCGUGGAAUCAAGUUCCGCUUCCAGGUCUUCAAAACCAACUCAAUGGGGUGGGGAGUAAGAACUCUUGACUUCAUUCCGAAUGGAAGUUUUGUAUGUGAAUACAUAGGAGAGCUAUUGGAGGAAGAAGAGGCACAGAAAAGGAAGAGUGACGAAUACCUAUUUGCUAUUGGGAACAAGUAUCAUGAUGUACCUCGUUGGAAGGCCCAGAUCAAGACUAUUCCCUCCCUUCAGAAUGUCCCUAGUGAAGAUGAUGAAAUUGGUUUUGCUAUUGAUGCACUGAACCAGGGAAAUUUUGCAAGGUUCAUCAACCAUAGUUGCACCCCCAACCUUUACACACAGAAUGUCCUCCAUGACCAUGACAACAUAAGUAUGCCUCAUGUCAUGCUUUUUGCUUCUGAGGAUAUUCCUCCCCUUAAAGAGCUAUCAUAUGAUUACAAUUAUGAGAUAGACAAGGUUUAUGAUUCUGAUGGUAACAUCAAGAUGAAACCAUGUUUUUGUGGAUCUGUUGAAUGCACUGGACGGUUGUAUUAAAUUUAGUCCCUUGGAAAUCAUUUGUUGUCGUUCUAUUGAAUGUACCUUCUUUGUUUAGGUGAGGGUUUCUCUUUCUGCAUGUUACUUGUCUUGUAACUUUAGUUUGCAAGCAGCGAGUUAUUUCUUAAAGUAUCGGGAUAACUGGUAUAUUCAUGCAGAUCUCCUGUUUUUAUAACCUCAA